GAAAGGCCCACCCACAUUGGUUCCGUCUGUUUGUGUGACUCGAGCGCUAGCUAGCCGGAAACCAUCUCUCCCCUCCUCCUCCUCCCGUCUCACCAAGUCAGCCACGAUGGCCGCCGCCGCCGCCAGGUCGAUGCUCCGCUCGUCCGCUUCUCUCCUCCGCGCUGCUCCGGCGAGGGCCUCUUCCUCUGCGGCGCGGCCGUCCCUUCGCCGCGCGCUGGGCGCGCCCCCUCGCCUCCUCAGGUCGCCCGUCGAGGCGAGCUUCUGCGUGGAGUCGCUGCUGCCACUGCACAGCGCCACCGCAGCGGCGCGGAUGACAUCUAUGCUGGCCGUGCCUGGCCGAGGCCUCGGGUGGCUCACGGAAGGGAAAGACGAAACUAGAUGAAGACCAACUUGGGAAAGCUGAAAUUGAUGGGGUAUGAUGCUGACCUGCCAACGGAGCCAGGAGAUUACUAGUCUUUCAGGAUGAGUUGACAAAGAAAGGAAGCAUGCUUUUCUUUUUCUGUAUGUGUACUACGAUGAAAUUUUUAAUAAAUGAUGUUUGAUAUUGCUUAAACUUCAUUCUCCCACCUUCAUCUUCAUUAACCAGAAUCAUUAUGGUUAUGUGAUGAGAACCGUGCUAGGGGUGUAGAAGUUUGAAUCGCUGGCAAAAUGAAUACUAUGCUUGACCUUUUGUAUCUGUUUGUUUGGUUUGUCAGCAUGAUCUGGUGAUUAAAAGCCUGUUCCCUUUCUUUUACUGGCAA